UAGAGACCUAUCUCUUUCUUUCCCUCGCUUUUUUGCUCUAAUUCACAUUUAUAGAAGAGCAUAAAGCUUUAGGUCUUAUAAGACACCUGUGUAUAUAUAUACACACAGAGAGAGAUAGAGGAAUAGUUAUAUAGAGAGAGUGUGAGAGUUAUCUUUUAGUUUCAGCUGUUAUUACCUUCGCCUUUCUUCUUCUUCGAUAACUGAUAAUACUUUCUUUUCUCUCACUAUACGUAUAUCUGUGUCUGAUCUGGUGGUUGAGAUUGUUUCGUCAUCUAAUCUCGUGGCCUGGGAUCGCUUGUCAGCCUUUCUCUACUGGAAGUUGAUCUCUUAGACUAUGGAACGUAAUGCUCAUAGGAGAGCUAGAUGGAAGGAUACUGUCACUCAUCAAAAUGGUGAUGUGAACACAUCAGACAUCGAAGAUGAACUUGAUCCCUGGACUGCCUGGGCGUAUAGGCCUCGUACAAUUACGUUAUUACUUAUUGGUGCAUGUUUACUGAUAUGGGCAAGUGGAGCACUUGAUCCUGAACGCAGUUCAACUAGUGAUCUAGUUACUUCUGUGAAAAGAGGUAUAUGGGCAAUGAUUGCCGUGUUUCUUGCUUACUGCUUGUUGCAAGCUCCUUCUACGGUACUAAUCAGGCCACAUCCUGCAAUUUGGCGCCUGGUUCAUGGAUUGGCUGUUAUAUACCUUGUUGCAUUGACAUUUCUGCUAUUUCAGAAGCGUGAUCAUGCUCAGCAAUUCAUGAAAUACCUCCAUCCUGAUCUUGGCAUUGAGCUUCCUGAAAGAUCAUAUGGUGCUGAUUGCCGAAUUUAUGUACCUGAAAAUCCUACAAACAGGUUUAAGAAUGUUUAUGAUACACUUUUCGAUGAGUUUGUUCUUGCUCAUAUUCUUGGGUGGUGGGGAAAAGCUAUAAUGAUACGUAAUCAGCCUCUCUUAUGGGUGCUGUCAAUUGGAUUCGAGUUAAUGGAGCUAACCUUUCGCCACAUGUUACCUAACUUCAACGAAUGCUGGUGGGAUAGCAUUGUCCUCGAUAUAUUAAUCUGCAAUUGGUUCGGUGAGCAUUUCGACCCUUUUCUUCUUUUUACUAGGCAUAUUAUCUAUAUAUGUGUUGUUGUCAUGGACUAUAAACUAUUACUCCAUUCCUUCGGUCAUUUCUGACCCGAUAUUGUAGUCUACAGCUGAUUGCUAAUAAAUGUGAGCCCACUAUCCUGAAUACGUAUUACCCUUGGCAUGGGCUGUCUUAUUGUUUGUGUUGUCCUGAAUAUGUGUCCAUUACCGAACAUGAAUGAUCCACACCUUUUCCCCUUAAUGCCUGUGGCUUGUGUUGAGUGAAUACAUUUGGCAGUAAUUUUCUAUUGCUAGUUUGCCAAAUUUUUUAGAAGUAUGCUAUUUCUGGGUGUUCCACUAUGGGAUAGAAACCAUCUUUGUUAGGAAGAGAAUGGCGUCGAGCGUUACUUAUUUACUAUAUCUGAGGCAAUGCUAAGAUGAUACUUGCCUUUAACCAAAGUUAGUGCUUGUAUGCCUUUCUAUGUGACGAGUAAGAUAUAAGCGAACUUUAGAGGAAUAUUUGAACAGGAAUCCAACAAGAAACGGAAUAAUGCAUUUUAAAUUUUAGCUGUAUUGUUCUUUUACUAGAAGCUUUUGCAUUCCUUUUCAUUUUAGUUCGCCAGUUAAUGCAAGAGAAUAAUUCUUCAGCCUUUUCCUUUUGGAAAGGCGAGAAUAGUUUUUCUGCCUUGUAGAUUCUGCUACAAAUGUCAAAAUAUGACUAGCUGGCAGAAAGAAGUCACAGAAAUGGCUGGACAUCUUUUAAACACAGCCCUGCAGUGUUGAAGUCCUAUUUCAGCUUUGUUGCAUCCUUCAGAUUAUUUUCUUGUGAUAGAAGUGUUUCUGUAAAAUAACUUUUGUUAUCUAGUUCCCAAUAGUCCAACAUGAUCUGGAUUCCUUAAUUUGGGGAAGAAUGAUUUUAUAUACAUAAAAAAAGUAGCUCAACCAUAAGGGAUAGGGGGAUAAGCAAGAGGCUUACUAGGACUGAAUUGAGAACGGUCAAGAGGACACGAAACCAUGGUCGGUUUAUGAAUCAAUUCUUUAUUGUUUAUUCGGGGAGUAUGACCUUUCCAGGAAGGUGUAGCUUCGGACCCAAGAUAAGGGAAUGGCAUUUCUCAGAAAGAAGUUAGAAGACUGACUGACCAAAAGCCACGAUGCCCAAAAGAUUAAUGCUCUUUUGCCACUGAUAAACUUAUCAUUUAAGAGAUGUCGAAUGUCCUGCAUCUCUAAAUACCUUCUGUUGGAUGUCAUUAAACAUUCUUAUUUUUUGUUGACCAAAUCAUUCUGUCCACUUCUGUUGGAAACCAUGGGUUAACCUGAUAAGGUUUUCGGUUCUCUCAGCGAUUGGCACAGAAAUUAGAUACAGAAAGUUUACGCAAUAACUCCACUGCCUUACACCAUAUGUUCCAGUGAUGUUCUUGGUCAAAAACCUCCUUUUAUUGUUUGGGGUUGGGGUGGUGGUUCAUGGUAUAUUAACAGCGAGAUUGUAAACAAUAAAUCUCAGAGAACACUUGCUAAUCAAGAAUAUAAGUAUGAAAAAUCAAAUGAAGAACCAUUAAGAUUUCAAGUUAGAAUACAGUACGAACGUCACAUAGUAUAGAUAAUUAGACAAAAGGAACACAUUCAGCGCUUAUUUGGGAAUAUGUUAUAAUCGAUUUAAAUUAUAAAUAAAUAGAAAUGAAUGGUGGAUAAAUAGGUAGUACUCGUGGUUUAUACUAAAGCUGUUGAUAAAGAAGUAGGUUUGACUUAGCCCCUGUUUGGCCCCCAUUACGGGGAAAAUUUAAUGUAUAGAAUAGUGUUUUUUGAAAAAUGAGUGGUU